AUGGCAGUGUGGCCACUGACCCGCAUGAUUGAGGGCAUGUCCUGGAGCUACUAUUUUCCCGAGCCGUAUGUGCGAUCGGCACUCGCCUACCAGCCACUUCCGGGCGACGUGGUCAUCGUCGGCUACCCCAAGUGCGGAACUACCUGGCUACGGUACCUCGUCUACGGCAUAUACAGCGGCGGAGUUCCUCCUCAGAACAUGCGGCAAUUCAGCUGCAGCAUGCCCUUCCUAGAGAGGCAGGGUGCCGAGCACUCGGUUCUGAAGAACAGGCCGGACGCCAUCAAAACGCACCUGCCUUGUUACAAGCAUCGGUACUCGCCGCAGGCUAGGUACCUGUACAUCACCCGAAACCCGUUCGACUGCUGCGUGUCCUACUACUACCACACGAAGCACAUGCCAGCCUAUUGUUUCGAACAAGGCACCUUCGACGACUUCUUCGAGCUUUUCAUCACGGGUGACGUUGAGUUUGGCGACUACUUCGAUCACCUGCUUUCGUGGUACGCGCACCGGUCGGACCCCAACGUGUUGCUCCUGACCUACGAGGAGCUCAAGGGGGACACGGCGGGCACGGUCGUCAAGAUCGCCAGCUUUCUCGGUGACGAGUAUGCCGCGAGACUGCGCCGAGAACCGGCGCUGGUAGGCCGCAUCUUGGAGGGUGCCGCGCUGGGCAACAUGAAGAAGGCCUUCAACUAUCGCAAGCUCGCCAUCACCGAGGGGCAAAAGGUGGAGUGCGCCAAAGCUCAAGAUUUCCCAGCGGCAACGAGCCUAGAAGAACUGGUCCAAAGGCCCAUGACUGGCGAGUUUGUCCGCAAGGGCGCUGUGGGCGACUGGAAGGGACUUUUCUCCCCGGUGCAUGUGCAGAGGAUGCUGGAACGCAUCAGAAUCAAGACGGCAGGAAGUGACGUCAUGGACUUGUGGAAGGACAUCGACAUUCCCCGAUGA